UCCUCCUUCCCAGACGCAAACAAACCCCGGCCUCCUCUCUCUUUCCCACCACCAAACCAGCAUGGUUUCUAAUACGAAGGCCGACGAGCAGAGCCAGCGCCAUAUGGAGCAUGAGAUCCGUGACAUGAUCUCAAAGCUCACUCGCCAGCUCACAGCCCUAGGCAAGUCCUCAGCCCGGUCCGGUCAGGGGGAUGACCAUCAGGAGGCCGAUGACGGGAUGAGGAUCAUCACACUCGCAGGGGCCAACAAGGGAGCAAGGAUGGAGGCGAACUUGGAGGAGAUGAUGGACACUCAUGGAGCUCUCUACGCCCAGGAGAGACAGAUGAGUGCUUACACCAACAGCAACUAUCAGGCCGUCAACAACUCGAUCCUCCUCGAUGGGAGCUGCACGGCGGAUGAUCCGGGUGUUCAUAUCGUCAUCUCGCGCUAUGCGGACGAGGAUGGAGAUGGUCAUCAGGAGAGUCAUGGGAAAAAGAAAAAGGAGGAGGAGAGGAAGAAGAAGGACGAAGAGCUGAAGGAGAAAGCGGAAGGGGCCUAAGGAGAGAGGCAUUCAGAGGAAGAAGGUGAUGAGAAGACUGGGGAUGGUAAGUAACGUGAACUAAUGGGUCACACGAAAAUGUAAUCUGAAACUAAAUGACGUGCACUGGAAUGCGGAUGUGUGGUAAAAUUGAGUGCAAGUAAUACUUGAUGAUUUUUAAAUUUUAUAUAACCAGAUAUAAUCAAAUUUAU